AUGGUUGCUUUGAGACGGUUUUUUCAUGCGGAGAAGGCCCCAUCUACCCCGGUUUCGGCGGAGAGAACCUCUCAAUUACAGAGCUCCCGGGGCCGAGCCCCCUCGGUGCCGUCCUCAACAUUGAGCGAGAAUGAACACUUCCAAAACAUUGAAAGGCAAUUCGAGGUGCUGCAUGAUCAACUGAAAGCACGACCUGUGCCUCCUUCGCAACCUCCGCUCUCUCGAUCGUCGAGCCAUCUAACGAAUAAGAACUCGCGUCAUGUCGACCUGGUCGAUGCCCUUUUCUCCUCUCAUCGGUACCGGAUGCAGUCUUCUAGCACAAUGUCUCCGAUUACACCCUACAAUGAGGACGUUGCUGAACGCAAUAUGGUGCCGUUCCUUCGACGGGAAGCACUAAAGCGCAGUCCUUACACUCGCAUUAUCUCAGCCCUAUAUCAAGAGGACGUGGCGGACCGGAACAUGGCUCAGAAUACCACAUUCCCCACUGCUCGUCGGCUCACAGAGAGCCAGUCCUAUCAGCUGGACGACAAACGACAGAGAGACGGUGCGAGAGGUCGUGCGCGCUCCAGAUCUAAGGAAAGCCAGCUCAUCAACUCUAUCUCACAAGAAGCUCUUUACUCCGUCCGUAAAUCUAUUCGAGAUCAGGUUGUUGCCGACGCGAAUGGAUCAGAUUCAGCCGUUGAAGGUCUUCUACGAGCGCAGAGAUCUGCCCCAACCCUAUCUGAACUGACUCCUACCUCGGAAGAUGGUAUCUCCCAACACCUGGGUGUACCCCCGGCUCAUAAGCAAGGAGACUCCUGGACUAACCGGCCGCUACCGGAUAGCCCAACUUUGCCCACCACCAUAUCUGUCAACAAGAGGCAGCAAGAAUCGUCCACCCCAAGUCCGCGGUUGUCGAGUAGUAGGAGGCCUUUAUUGGGGCCGCGAUCAGGAUCCAAGAAGAACAUCCUGGAUCUCUCCAUCAACACCGAAUUGGCCACUCGAGGAAGGCCAAAAAAGAUCACGCACAAGGCCAUUCAACCCCCAACGCCCACCACCCUUGACACGAAGAACAAUCCUAGCAUUGCAGAGGUUAUGAACAGUCCUCUACCAGUCGCAACUCCAACAUCAUCCCCAUUACCAAGCUCAAAUAAGAAAGUAGCCGAGAUUAUGGAUAUGUUCCGCAAAGCAUACACCUCCACUCAAGAAAUUACUCCGCACCCAACAUUCGAGACCCUUCAAGAUGCCAUUAUCCGCGAGAUCAACUCCCACGAGGCUUUCCAAAGGGUUCCCGUUCCCGAGCAAGGGCCUCCAUUCACACCUUCACCGUCUCAAGACUCAUUCGAGAGCGCCACUCCCCCCAAGCCAAUCGCUCUCAAAGAGGGCCAGAGGCGACGCCGCAAGAGCUCCUUCAUCAGGCCACGGCGUGACUCGGAAACACGGAAAAGCAUUUCGACAAGCGACCCUUCCAACGCUCCCCGUCGAGAACUUGAAGUCCCCGGCCGACGGCGACAUACUGACGCCCCACCACCCUCGCCCGGCUUCUUCGAGACAUUAAUCCCUCAACACCACAAUCCUCCUCCCGAGGAACCGGUCACCUACAUGGAUCUCAUUCUUCGGUCCGAAAGCUCGGCGGAAGCCAACCAGAGCAGGAUAAGCACCGUGAGCGUGAGCGGCGGAAGCUACCCUAGCUCCAAUACAACCCCCUCGAUCCUCUACAUGCGCGCCCAAACUUCACCCACUAGCGAUAGCCCAAGGAGCUUUACCAAUUCCGACAGCGAUUCGGAUAUCAUUCAUCUCCCCAGCGUCAGCAGCAUUCCACAAGUCAAGGUCCAUGGGGUCGAUGGAAACAACGUUUCUUAUGCCGCUGAGAACACGACGCCACGAAACGCCUACCGGUUAAUGAACUGGCCAAAAAGGUCAAGCCGCAGCGUAAACCUGCGAAGCUCAUUCGGGAAAAAUCGUACGAAUAGUGGCCAGUCGGUGGCGUCCUAUUAA